UCCUGUCUGCGCCUCGCCGGCCUCGGAGCUGGCAGACGCUCGGGGGACAUGGCGGCGGCGGAGCUGGCUGUCCCGGCGCUCCCCAACAGCGGCGGCGCAGGGGCGCCGUCGGGCACGGUCCCCGUGCUCUUCUGCUUCUCGGUCUUCGCGCGGCCCUCGUCCGUGCUGCACCGCGCGGGCUAUGAGCUGCUCAUCCAGCAGUUCCUCAGCCUGUACGGCGACCAGAUAGACCUGCACCGCAAAUUCGGAGUGCAGCUCUUCGCGGAAGAGUGGGGCCAGUACGUGGACCUGCCCAAGGGCUUCGCGGCGAGCGAGCGCUGCAAGGUGCGCCUCGUGCCGCUGCAGAUCCAGCUCACCACCCUGGGAAACACACCUUCAAGCACUGUGUUUUUCUGCUGUGAUAUGCAGGAACGACUCAGACCAGCCAUCAAAUAUUUUGGGGACAUUAUUAGUGUGGGACAAAGAUUGUUACAAGGGGCCCGGAUGUUAGGAAUUCCAGGUAUUGUAACAGAACAGUACCCGAAGGGUCUUGGAAGCACUGUUCAAGAAAUUGAUUUAACAGGUGUAAAAUUGGUCCUACCCAAGACCAAGUUUUCAGUGGUAUUACCAGAAGUAGAAGCAGCAUUAGCCGAAAUUCCUGGAGUCAGGAGUGUUGUUUUAUUUGGAGUAGAAACUCACGUGUGCAUCCAGCAGACAGCUCUGGAACUAGUUGGCCGAGGUAUUGAGGUUCAUAUUGUUGCAGAUGCCACCUCUUCGAGAAGCAUGAUGGACCGGAUGUUUGCUCUUGAGCCUCUUGCGCGAACUGGGAUCAUAGUGACGACGAGUGAGGCUGUUCUGCUACAGCUGGUGGCAGAUAAAGACCAUCCAAAAUUCAAGGAAAUUCAGAAUUUAAUUAAGGCGAGCGCCCCGGAGUCAGGCCUGCUUUCCAAGGUCUAAGGACGUUUGAAGGACUGGUCUCCUCCGCAUCAAGUGACAGGACUGUAA